AUGGCAAAGUCAUCACUCUCAAUAACACUUGUGAUUCUCUUCUGUGGUUUAACUCUUGCAUCAAGAACAAAAAUCUUACCCUUAAGCACUAUUACUGCAUUGGCACCAGAACUCAAUGAUGGAUGGUGUGACAUGGUUGUUGCUACCACCUAUAAUCAAUCUCUUGCAUUUCUGUUGGCAGAUAAUGGAUUUGAUGUUUGGAUUGCUAACACACGAGGAACCAAAUAUAGUCAUGGACAUGCAUCAUUUUCUAAUAACAGCUCGGAUUAUUGGAAUUGGUCAUGGGAUGAAUUAGUUGCAUAUGAUCUUCCAGCAACAUUCCAGUAUGUGCAUGAUCAAACUGGACAAAAACUACACUACGGAACUUUGGUUGCAUUGGCUGCUUUUUCCAAAGAUCAACAAUUGGACAAGUUGAGAUCAGCUGCCUUGCUUUGUCCAAUUGCUUAUGUUGGUCAGAUGACCUCACCAUUAACAAAAGAUGCUGCUGACCAUUUCAUUGCAGAGUCACUGUACAAAUUGGGAAUUUUCGAAUUUAGCCUUAAAGGGUAA